AUAUUUAGCAUUAUAUAAACUUACUUUGUUUUAAAUAAAACUACAAAGUCUAAUAGAUAUAAAUAUAAAAUUAUAUUUUUAAUAAAAUAUCCUAAGUGUUAGUACAACAUAAAUCAACUAUAUACAACGAUGUCAACAUACUAAUCAUAUUCUGAAACUUAAUUAUUAUCAUGUAUUUAAAAAAAAUAUAUAAUUGCUUAUUUGGAUAAUAUGGUUUCUUUGGUCUUUAAAUAUAAUAAUAUUUUAUGAUACAAAUAUUUAUAUUUAUAAACAGUAAAAAUUAGUAUCAGGAUAUUUCUUACCUAAUUUAAAGUUUUUUGUUAUAAUGAAUUAAAUUUUUUUAUCUUAUAGUAAUUCUAAGAAAAUAUAUAAAAGAACAAAGAGUGCUACAGAAUUCAAAAAACAUAUAAAAGAGAAAAAGUUCCAUAAUUUCAGUUUGAACAUAAUCGACUAUAUAUUUGUAACAAAUCAUCAUACUUGCUAUUAAAGUCGAAGCAAAACAAAAAUAAGUAUACUUAAAUUAUUUUUUGUCAUUUGCUAAUCCAUCCGUAAGGCGGUUAAACUUUAGUUUUAAAUAAUUAAUAUGUAUGGGUACGUGAUUAGAUCAAAUUUUUAUUUUUGGAAGUAAAGGCAAAUUAAAAAAAAAAAAUAUCGAGGAAUAAAAUAGUUUUAAGUUUUGACAACUGAGACCCGUUAAUGCCCUACCUGAUGACCCCCAUGAUGCUACGGAAAGGUAUACCGUAUCCGUAAACGUCAUGCAAAUAAAACCUCCAAUCAUAAACAGACCAACUGGGCUUGAUUUGCAAUUUUGGUUAUUGCGUGCCAAAAUUUUAACUUCAAAGAGUUUUGGAACGAAAUACAGACAAUGUUUUUUUCCAUGUGAAAUCUUCACUUGCACAGUUAUACGAAUGAUUGGCACAUGGUGAUAAUUCAAAGUCCUAUUCUUUUGCCUUUUAAAACGUAAAUAUUUACUUGAAAUUAUGAAUAAUUAGUUAUUUCAACAUGCAUCACCAUACGACCGGCCACCGUGUGCUACAUUUGAUUUUUUUUUGAAAACUAAUUACAUAAAUUCUAUUAAAUUCUGAAAUUAUGAUGACUUGAUAGAUAUAAAAAUUUGGAAAUCGAUCUGUCAAAUUUUGGAAAACUAAUUACAUAAAUUCUAUUAAAUUUGGUUAAAGCUUUUUUAAAAACCAUGUAAUAUAUCUAAUAUUCCUCAAUACAUGUAUAUAUAUAUAUAUAUAUUUUUUUUUGUAAACUCAAUACAUGUAUAUAUACUUGUAUAGUUUUUACGUUUUUAGCAAGGAAAAAGAUUCAGAAGAAUAUUAUUUAGGGUUUGUGCGUUUCAAGGUUACUGCGACUUGGGAACGCGACCUGCGAUCUGUGCAGCGACUAACGCAAAUUGUAACUUUUUGUUUAUUUACUAUUGCGCAACUGCUCGUCCUAUUAGUCACAAGUCCCUAUUUCAUAUCGCUAAAAAGGUGAGUAAAAAUCAAAAUUUCCGUUGAUCUAAGACUGGUUAUCAGAUCUUGCGACAAUCAAACGGAUAAUAUUUAGUUGCAUCAACCUCGAAACGAACAAGCCUUUUUUUUUUUUUUGAACAACCGAAACGAACAGACCAUUAGUCAAAUUUGGUUUGCAAAUCUAUUGUACUUUUGUGCCUGUAUGAAACCUAUUUGUACUUUUGCAAUUUAUAGUGAUACUAUUAGAACGUCAUUCUGAGAUGGAACAUUCUUUAAGAAUCGACCGACAUGUACAUUGUUGUAUAUUAAUGCAACUUUGAUUUUUUAAAACAUGGUUAUACUACGGGAUCCAUUCAUUUUAUAUGCAUAUAUAUAGCUAGUAUGUAUCUCCGUGACACCGAUAUUCUAAAGUAAUCGAUAUAUACAGAUUUUUUCGGGAAUAGGUUUUUUAAGGCGUAGUAUUGUUUUAGUAGUUCAGAAAAUAGUAUAUAACAGACUAACAGAGUAUGUAAAUAGAUUAGUCGGUUUAGUAUCCGGUUUAAUAUUCUGUUAGAUGGUUUAAUAGUUUGUUACACACUAAGCUCAGUAUAAGAGGUGUGAUCAAUGUAAACUGUCAUUUUUAAUCAGAAAUUAAACAUAUACUAGAUUUUGACCCGCGCUUCGAAAACGCGGAUUAUUUUGGAUUAUAAUUUUUUUGAAAUAAAAAAGUAGAUUCUAACUAUUAUAUAUUAUUUAAAAGUUGUAUUAUAUUGAAGAAGAAUUUUUUUAAAAAAUUAUAUAAUUUAUGAAUUUGUUUGUUUGAGAUUUUGUAUGUAUACACUUUUAUGUAAUUCUCUCUUAUGCUUGAGCAUUUUAAUCAGAACCAAAAACUGAACCGAAACCGACUAAAAAAAUAUACAGAUUUGGGUCUGGUCCGGGUCCAGAGCAAUAACUAUUGGAUAUUUUUUUGGACCCGCAAGUGUUUGUCGAGUCCAUGUCUUACCCGAGACCCGAUCGUGUAUCCAAAAAUAUCCAAAAUAUUUUGUGUACAUUAGUUAUAUUUGAGAUUUUCAACGAAUAAUUUUAGUUAUCAGGUUUGUAUUUUCGGUUAUAGUUUCGGGUUUCAGGUACAAUUUCAAAAUUUAAAAUAUAAUAUUGGGUAUUUUUUGGUUUCUCGGAUCAGAUUUCAUGUAAAAUUUUGGAUCUUUUUGGAUAUUUGAAUAUUUUGGAUAUUUGCUUGAGUAUUCGGGUAUGUCUUUGUGUUGUGUGUUUUUUGGUUUUUCAAAUAUUUUUUGGAUUUGGGGUAUUUCAAGUCUUUUUCGGGUAUUAGAUAUCCAAACCGAUCUGGACCCGUUAUGUAUCCAAAAAGUACAUGUGUUUCAUAUGUAUUUGAAUUAUGGAUUUGUACCGGAAAGGAACCAACCCGAACCUAAAAUUUUCAAAAUUAGGUCUAAAUACAUAAAUUAUUAUAUGAAUAUGUCUGAAUAUAAUUUUGGUUUUGGUGAUGUAUUGGUCAUCGUUUAUAAUAUAGACAGUAUGAUUCACAUGAAUUAAUAGUACUUGGUAAAAUAAAGGUAAUACAAAAUAAAAAUGAUAUUCUAAAUAUAUUAUCGUAGAUUUUUAUAGAUAAUAUUCUAAGGAUAUUAAUGAUACUCUAGAUCAGAAUCUUACAUAUAGGAGCUAAUACAUUAUUAGGAGAUAUUUAGAAAGAUUAUUUAGUUGGUCUAGGUAAAUUAAUGAAAUAGUCCAAACAAUAUUUUUAAGUAGAUUUAUUAAAACUCCUUCUCUUUUAAUAGUAUUGAUUCAUCUUCUCUAACAAUAUAUUUGAUUUUACAUCUGUGUGGUUUAUUAAUAUAUACUACUUUGGUAUCAAAAGAUUAGUACAUUGUUACCAUUACUCUGAUACAAGUCUCCUAACAUGUUUUUAGCACACAAAAAAAGUUUCCUAACAUGUUAAAAUAGCAAUUUAUUGUUGCUGACAGUAUCCAACAUAAGAAACUUUUAAUAUGCAACACGCAAUACAAUGAUGUGUGAUUAAACACGUAAGAAAUUAGAAUCUCAGGAUGCUCUUAGGUUCGCAACAAUCUGUAUUUUGUAUACUCUACAAUAUUUAAAUCUCAGAUAUAACUUUGAUUCUGUAGAAGUUUUUAUUUAUUUGCCGCAUAAUUUAUUGAUAGAAGUCACGGACAACAUUCUGAUAUUUUUUAAUUAAAAACAAAAAAUCUAGCGAGCUGUGAAUUCCGUCGUCUGGAAGACCAAAUUGCUCAAUGGUCCUUAAAAAUAUUCGUUUUGGAAACAUGCAUUUAUAAAAUAAAAUACAUUGUUUGUCUCUUUUGUGAAUUCAUUAAUUUGGUCUUUCUAAUUAUCGUACCGUCCCAUUCUCAAUUCGAUCAGUCGAUCUGUAACGCCAUAUUUUGAAACCCUAAAUAUAUUUAUUAUUAUCCUUGAAUUAUUUGUAAGAGAAUUCACCUAAACCGAAACACUCUUAUUAAGACAACUAUAAAUAAAUAAAUAAAUAUAUAUAUAUAUAUAAUAUUAUUUGAGAAAUCAGGUUCUUAUAUGUCACGAUCACGUUAAUUUUUACCAUGUUUAAUUACAUAAGAAUCUUUAAUGACUAAAAUAUUAUAUUUUAUUGGCAUUAUGAAAAAUUAUUUAAUAAAUUAUGUAAUUUUUUUACAAAAUUUUUUAAUUUCUUUUUGUUUAUAUUUUUCAAAUAAAAUGUAUAAUAAAAAGAAAUAUUCAUAUAAUAAAAACAAAAAUUAUAUUUACAAAAAGGAAAGAAAAAAUAUUUUAUGAAAAUAUUUUUUUAUAUAUAAUGUGAUUUUAUAAAAAGGAAAGUUCACAAAAAAACAGUUUUGAUGUUAAAAAAUAAACAUAUCUUUAAAACAUAAUACUAAACAGCAUAAUACAUGUUUUAAAAUUGAUGAAAUUUUUAUAUUUAUAUCAAUCUUUUUUCUCAGAUUAUUAAAAAAAGUAAUUUAAAUAGCAUAUACUAAAAUAUCAUUGAGGAACUUAAAAAUAUUUUAUAUUUUCUAAUAUUGAGAUGUUUAUUAAUUUUUGUAUAAUUUCUUUUGGUUAUAUUUUUAAUUUUUCACAUUCAUUAAUUAAACUAUAUAUAGAGAAAUUUACAGACUUUAGUCAAACCUAAUAUACCACUAAAAUUUAUUUAAGGCUUAAUAGUUUUAUAUAUUUAUACAACAUAAUAUACCUCUAUUAAGAAUGCAUAAACCAGUAGGAAUUUUUAUGCUUAAGGUUAUUUAUAAUAAUUUUUAAUUUAUAUUUUAUACAUCUUAAGUAUAAAGUUACUUAGAAUUUUACAAUAAAAAUAUUUUGUAAAUAUUAAUAUCCGUUCAUGAGUUUUCAUAAAUUUUAUAGGUAAUGUUUGUCUAUAAAACUUGGUACCUAUCAUCAUUUCAGUUUUUAUACUAUUUUUGCAAAUCAACAAAUGUCAAAUUAUACAAAAGAAUUUUAAAAAGUACAUACACAUAUUUAAUAGGAACUGAACUAAUGUAGUUUAACUAGAAUCAAAAGUAAUUGUGUUUUGAUUUGAGGAAAUAUGUGUAACUUAAUAUAACCCACAAAAUGAGUAAUUAAAAUAUCUAACUUUUUAUGUUCAUAAUCAUAAGUCUCAAUGCAAAAUAACUAAAAAAAAUAUCAAUUUUUUUUAUCUAUUUUAACAUAAAAAAUAUAGUUAUACUUUAAUAAGUAAAUACAUUUUAACAUAUCCAAGUAGUAACCAAAUUGACUAAAUGUUAAAUAUCCAAACUACAUGUUUAUUUAAAAUAAAAUAAUAUUAUAUAAAAAUAAAUCAUACAUACAAAUUACAAAAUAAUAAAAAUUAAAACAUUAAAAAAUUAAUAUAUUUAUUUAGAAACAUUUAUAUCCGUGCAUGAGCUACUAUAUAUAUAUAUAGAAAAAAUUUCGUUGUGCUGGUGCCCGUGAUGGAUCGAUGGAUUUAAAUAAAUAAAGCUCAAUUCAAAUUUAAGAUAUUUAAAGAGCAUAUUUCAAUUUUUGUUUACACUUUUCUGAACAGAUGGUUCGAAUAAUAUUUUUGGUUGGCACCAAUUUGAUUAAUAGCUACGAUUAACAGCACUGGUACGUAUUGUUUAUUUCGGUAGCUAUAAAUUAUCUUAACUUUUCUUAGUUGGCUAUAGCGGUCUACUCUGGGUGUAAAGUUAGAUAUAUUAGGUUUCUUUGUCAUUUUCUUAUAUAUCAUAAUUCGUUGAACGUUUUUCUUUCACAAAUAGCAAUAUACAAAUUACAAUAUAUAGGAUUAUACAAUAUAAUCCGUAACAGAAAACGUACAUAAACAGAGUUUCCUUGCAACAUGGUAAGCUUCGAAAACUUGCAUUCACAAUAUGCAAAACAAUUGCACAAUGACUGAGAGCUUAUCUAGAUGCACUAGUUCCUUUAUUAAAGACUUAUAGUUACAUAUCGAUAUCGUAAAUUAGAUUAAGGUUAAUAUGUCAUGCAUUCGUCAUGCUAGAACAAACAAGGAGGCAAUGAAAAUAAUAGAAUAGAACAAGGGUCUUGACUCUUCCAUAUACAAAAAAUGGGCAUGUUUAAGACAUUAUGUGAAUGUGUAAAAGGCAAAAAAAAAGACGGGGAAGAAGUCAGAGAUGAGGAAGGUGAGAUGGGAAAAGAGUACAGUGGGAUAAAUAAGAUGAAUCCAUACAACAACUUGGCUAUUUCAGAUUCAGACACAAUACUUCUCCUCAUAGACAUUGAUAGAGUGAUGGAGAGAGGCUUUGUCUCUUUGUUGUCCCUACUAUUUAAAGUCAACCAAGUCUCCUCUUGAUCCCAUAACUUCUCAAUGUUUUGGGCAUUUGGCAGGUAAAUAAUUUCAGAAAACAUACUCAUUAUAUUUUAUAGCCAUAAAAAUAAAAAGAUAAAAAUACCCCAUAUAUUAGUUCAAAGAUUUUUUUGUAAAAUUAAAUAUUUCAAGUGAUAGUAUCUUGGAAAUACUGAGAACUUCUUAAAAUGAUUGUUUAGAAAGGCAAUAUUCAAUAGAACCAGACCAGUGUAGGUCCUUCAGUAGGCUAUCCACCUACCGUUUUCUACUCAUGUUCGAUCUCCAAUUGUAAGCUACCUCCAGUGUAAUCCAAUUUUGUUUUUCUUCUCUCUCUUUUUUUGCCUACAGACCAUUCUGUUUCCUUUAUUUAACUAGUUUACUCACCAAACUUUGUGUUUGAUAUCCACUCUGUUAUUAGUAAUAAGUUUUUGUUUAGUUUUCCCCUAUCUAAAUAGCCAUCUAUAUUAAAAUUAUUGCAUGUAACAAUUGUGAAUCACUAUAUUUUGCUGAGUGAAGAAAUUCACUGUCCAAAAUUCACAUAAUGAGCUACAAAAAUUAGAGGUAAAAUGAAUAAAAAUAAGCCUGGUUAGUUAGGGUCGGAUAUCUCUGCUACUCUGUAAUAGCUAUUUUAAUUUGCUGUUCAGUCUGAUUCUAAAAUUGAAUAACAGCAAGGUUAUGAAGUUAACAUUUUUACCAAUAUUCGUUAGGUACAAAAAAAUUACAAAUUUGUAAAAAAAGUUCACAUGGAUAUUCGCUUUGCUUUCGAUAUAUACAUAUGUAUAAUAGUUUAAAAAAAUCUGUGGAAUAUUGUUUUGAUGAUAUUAUCAAAUGGCUGAAGAUACGGGAAUCUAAGACUUGAGUUGAAGUAGAAGUAAAGAACAAGAGGAAAAUAACAGAAGAUACAACUCAAGUCCAAGAGAUGCGUCAACAUAGAACUAAAGACAUCAAAUAUAAAACGCGUAUCAAUACAAAUUCAACUCCAAUUAUUUUGGCCAUAACUUAAAUGGCUAGGCAUAAUAAAUAGAUAGAUAUUUUGGAACUAAUAGGACGCUACAAGUCCUCCAUCACAUUUUUGGAUUUUCUAUAACUAACUCUAUUAUUUGAGUUCUUAUUACUAUGAUUUGGUAAGAAGUUUGUGUUGUUUAUUUGGACUGUGUCAGUUCAAGGUUUUGAAUGGUUAUACUAAUGCUUGUUGAUUUUAUCUGUUAAUAACUUUUUUUUUAUUACUGUGAUUUUUUUCUAUGGGGCUUUUUUUUUUUUUGGAACUCCUUUUUUUUUUUUCUAUGGGGUUUAUUUGCCAAAUAACCAAACAAAAUGGAAAAUUAGAUUUUGGGAGAAAGAGUAGAGAGAGAUAGGAAGAAAAAAUAGGAAAGAGAGGGGAGAGUUUUAGUUAGUUAGUGUAUUUAUGUUUUUUUGUUGUAUAUAGGGUGUUGGUGCAAUUUCCCUUUAAAUUUUUUUUUUUUUUUGACAAAAUUUCCCUUUAAAAUUUUGAAUGAUUAGCAAAAAACAAUUUUGAUCUCUAGCAGGUUAUUCAGCUACGUUGAGUACAUUCCUCAAACCUGAAAUGUUCAUAGCAUAUCUUUUCAAAAUUCAUUUUCGUGGGUGCAAUUUAUAUGUGGUUAGUGAGUUUAUUUGGAGUAAAUAUCUCAAAAAUUCAGGUAUAUAGCACUUUUUUCUCGUUAUAAACAUAUUUUUUUCUGAAAUGAGUUUGCGUUAUUGUCGUGAAUUGGUGCUUUGGCUACGCGACAUGUUUUUAACGUCGUUUCUAUGGUCAUAUGACAUGAGAAUUAGUGCUUAAGUGCUUUGGCUAAACAAUGUUUCAUGAGUGCAAUUUAUAUAAACUUUAUGCAUAGUAAAUAACUUGUGAUCAAAUGAGCCCCUGGAUGGGUAGAAAAAGACAGCGUUAAGAGUCGGUCAAACAAGUGAUCAAAGUCUACAAGACAACUAGAAUCCAAGAAUUCAGUAAUUAAAUGCAUUGAGCAUUUUUUUCAAGUCGCGUGUCCAGUUGAAAAGUGGAAAAAUGUUUUCUGGAAUUCUCGAUUCUAAGGAAAGGUAAAAUUUGGAAAGUAAGUAAAGUCAAAGCGAUUAACCGGUGAGAUAAUCAAUUCCAAGGAAGCCAUGCCAUUGUUGGGUCUACUCGUAUAGAAUUGUUUUGGAAAGUGUUUCCUAGGUUGAAUCUUAGUAAGAUAUAAUCCCAAGUAUGAACAUGUCGGUAUGAGAAUGGGGUGAUCUAAGGUGUGAUCUGAGCAAUGCUUCAUCUAUGACGUGAUUGGAGCCUAUUAGAGUUGAUCCACGGCAACUACAAAAUAUGUCUUGACGAUCCAAACAGGCCAUUAGUGAAAUUUGCCUUGAAGGCUUGAACCAUGUAGUAUUAGGUGCCUUAAACUUCUGAUUUUUUUAGGCCUAACGUUGGCAUACAUGUAUAACGUUUACCUGGUUAAACUACAGAAUUUAUUUUUUGUUACAUCGUUAAACUGUAGACAUUUUUACUCGUACUCGAUAGUUCAGUAUUGUUUGUAUCAUUGUGUAGAAUAAGUCAAGAUAUUUGUGAACCAUAUGAAUAAGUAGGACGACUCACAAUUAUGUAUUUGUUCUUUUUUGGUCUUUGCUUAAACAAAGCUUUGACUGUUUACCAAAGAAAAUAUAAUUUUAUUUAAUUACCUUGUUUAUGGUCAAAAUUCAUCUUUUUUUUUUGGUAAAAAAUUAAAUUUAUUAUAUUCAUCAAAAAGGAGUCAUACAUUCAUCAGUUCUUUCUUUUCAGAUUUUUUUACUAUUUAAGCGAUUUAUUAUUCAAAAUUCAUUAAUUAACUACCAAUUUCAACCAUAAAGUCUUCUCUCAUUAAUUAUUUGUAGUCAAACUUAACUCAAUUAUAAUUGCAUUGUACCCAAUGGAAUAUCGUAGAAAAAUCUAGUCAAGUAAAAUGUAUUGAGAUUAAUAAAUUUCGGAACUUUUUCGGAUUUAGAAGGAAAAAUAGAAGUGUCAAAGAAAUUGAACUACGUCAAAGUCACUUGAUUCAAGAAGAAGGAUAAACCAAUUAAAUUCCGUAAGAACAGAAAACAAAUAAAUAAAACAGGAAAUAAUGUCAUCUAAGUAACACGUGAACAGAAACUCAUGCUAAUUAAUUUUCUUACUUAGUCUCUUGACCGAAAAAUAUUCAUCUCCAAGUUUUUAAAAAUAAUUAAAAAAAAUUACUCCUCCUUCCUCAUUUCACUAUAAAUACAACACCAUCCUCUCGUCUCCUUCAUCACCAAAAAAAAAACACAACCUUCUGUACCAAAAAAAAAACAGAGAGAAAAGACAGAAAACCAAAAAAAAAAAGAAGAAAAAAGAAAAAUAAACAAAUUUUCUUUUAUCUUUUUUUUUCUUCUAUAACAUUUGCACUUUCUCUUGUUGUGUUGUAUGAAAAUGGGAGCUAAAGAUACGGCGGCGCUAGAGACACAGUCCAUCGAGGAAGAUUUCGACCAGCCAUCUCCUCUCCGUAAGAUCAUCUCCGUCGCUUCCAUCGCCGCCGGUGUACAGUUCGGGUGGGCCCUGCAGCUCUCUCUCCUCACUCCUUACGUACAACUUCUCGGUAUCCCUCACAAAUGGUCCUCCCUCAUCUGGCUAUGCGGUCCCAUCUCCGGCAUGAUUGUUCAACCCAUCGUAGGUUACUACAGCGACAGGUGCACGUCGAGAUUCGGUCGCCGUCGUCCCUUCAUCGCCUCCGGAGCCGCCUUGGUCGCCGUCGCCGUGUUCUUGAUCGGUUACGCCGCCGACAUCGGGUACAAAAUGGGUGACAAGCUCGAGCAAACGCCGAGGGUUCGAGCCAUAGGGGUCUUUGCUCUCGGGUUCUGGAUCCUCGACGUUGCCAACAACACUCUCCAAGGCCCUUGCCGCGCUUUUCUAGCCGACUUAGCCGCGGGAGACGCUAAAAGAACGCGAGUCGCAAACGCGGUUUUCUCCUUCUUUAUGGCGGUUGGAAACGUUUUGGGAUACGCGGCUGGUUCAUACACGAACCUACACAAAAUGUUCCCGUUCGCGAUGACGAACGCUUGCGAUAUAUACUGCGCGAAUCUCAAGAGCUGUUUCUUCUUGUCCAUCACGCUCCUCCUCAUCGUCACCGUCACGUCUCUUUGGUACGUUAAAGAUAAACAAUGGUCUCCUCCGCCGGUUAACCCCGGUGAGGAGAAGACUAAGACUGUUCCUUUCUUUGGAGAAAUCUUUGGAGCGUUUAAAGUCAUGGAACGUCCCAUGUGGAUGCUUUUGAUCGUCACGGCUCUUAACUGGAUCGCAUGGUUCCCGUUUCUUUUGUUCGAUACUGAUUGGAUGGGACGUGAAGUGUACGGUGGAAGCUCACAAGGAGACGAUAGAAUGAAGAAGCUGUACAACGAAGGAGUGCACUCUGGUGCGUUGGGACUUAUGUUUAACUCUAUUGUUCUUGGUUUCAUGUCACUUGGUGUUGAGUGGAUUGGUCGGAAAGUGGGUGGUGCUAAACGGCUUUGGGGGAUUGUGAACUUCAUUCUUGCUGUUGGUUUGGCCAUGACGGUUCUUGUUACAAAGUUGGCGGCGGAUUACCGGAAAAUAGCAGGUCCUUAUGCCGGACCGUCGCCCGGUAUUAGAGCUGGAGCGUUGAGUCUCUUUGCUGUUCUUGGUAUACCAUUGGCUAUUACUUUCAGUAUUCCGUUUGCACUAGCCUCCAUAUUUUCAAGCAGUUCCGGCGCCGGCCAAGGGCUUUCUUUAGGAGUUUUAAAUUUGGCGAUUGUGAUACCACAAAUGAUAGUAUCACUAGGAGGAGGACCUUUCGACGCGCUCUUUGGCGGUGGAAACCUACCGGCGUUUAUACUGGGAGCAAUUGCAGCGGCGAUCAGUGGAGUAUUAGCGUUUACCGUUUUACCUUCACCGCCUCCGGACGCACCUGCCUCUUCAGGAGCCAUGGGAUUCCAUUAGUUUUACUUCUUAUGUUUUAAUUUUCUUAUAAACCUCAUCAUCAAAUACAGCAGUAUACUUCAAAAUUGCAAAACCCAAAAAAAAAAACAAAAAAAAUAAUGCAUAAUAACCUUGGGUUUUCUGUAUUUCACUCUUCCGUUUAGUUUCUUUUUCUUGUUAUCGAUUAUCAAUUUAAAAUAGAUUGUGUUUUCUUUUUAA